UCCCUCCUCAUUGGCUUACCUUUACAUAGGCUAUCCCCCCUCCAGUCCCAACUGUUCAGUGUCUGCUACCCCUCUCUGCUAAUCCCCCCACUGACCUCCACUCAGUUUCCUCCACCCCUCUCUGCCAGUCCCUCCACUGGCUUCCAUUCAGUGUCCUCCACCCCUCUCUGCCAAUCUCUCCACUGGCUUCCAUUCAGUGUCCUCCACCCCUCUCUGCUAAUCCCCCCACUGACCUCCACUGUGUCCUCCACCCCUCUCUGCCAAUCCCUCCACUGGCUUCCACUCAGAGUCCUCCACCCCCCUCUGCCAAUCCCUCCACUCAGUGUCCUCCACCCGUCUGCCAAUCCCUCCACUCAGUGUCCUCCACCCCUC